AGUGUAGUUUGGGAGCCUCGUGUAGUCGGGUAACUUCCGCUAUAGGAGGCUGAGGCUCCGUCUCUAAUCCCAUCGGGAAUUCUGGGAAGCGUAGUCCGGGAGGUCUCUGUAAGCAGAGUCACUUCCGGCCCAGGUACGCUAGGCCGCGGCCUUCGUUCCUCCCAGAAAGAUAGCCUUAAAGCUGCCUGAGAACAGUAAACAAAGUAACAAACCUUGAGGAAGAACCAUGAAAUUAAACUCCUGAUCUCCAGUCCUCCCCAGGGUCAAGCACUGAGCUGCUUUUCACAGAGGAGCACACGAAGCCCCACAAACAACCCUGCAGGUUAGGUGUUCUCAUCACCAAUGAGAUUUUGUCAAAUCUAGACGGAGGAUCACAUUUUUGUUUAAUGUGAGAAAGAGAAACGUAGUAGUAUCACAGGUUUCAUUAGUCUUUUGUUAUAUCCCUGUGGGAAGAUGGAUGUACCGCUGAGCUUCCCCUGAGCUCAGGAAGAAUAUUUACUAGCCACUAUAUUUUUCAUAAGGGUAGUCUCAAUGUAUAUAGUAUACCGUGGCAACAAAUGAAAGUAAGAAGCCAGAGCUACAGAUAUAACUAGAAGUUAAGGGUGACUUUCCUGGGACAGAGUAGUAAUCUCUGCUCUCCAGAUGGCUUACAAAAUACAUUUGCAAGGGCAAUUUUUAUGAUACAAAAUGCUAUCUGCACCUCUGCAGUUGCAAGGAAAUAGAGAUCCCUGGUGCAGUUAUAAUAGGUUUCCACUAUGCACACAGAGAAUCCUAAUAACAAUCAUAUAUUGUUGGCACUGUGUGAUCUGAAUUUUGCAGAUGACAGAACUGAAACAUUAGAAAGGUUCAUGAAUUUAACUAUGGUUACUCAGCAAGUAUAUAGUAGCACCAGGUUUUGAACAUAGACAUUUUGUCCCCAGAGUCCACUUUUAACCAGUACAUGACAUGCCACUGCCUUUCCUUUCCCACAUCUCCCAGGAUCAGAAGGAGCAUGCUGGGAGCUGUAAGGCCCGUGAGGCUACCGGGUACAGCUGUACAGGUUGCUCCAUGCAUGAGGGCGCCCUGCCAGGAGAGCCGAGUGGUAGCUGGGAUCUAGCCCAUGCUACCUGCUCCUUAACACACGUCUGUGGCCACAUUUGCUGGAGGAAGGGACACCUUUUUCUAAUUUGCACAAAGAUAUAUUUCCCUCUUAAUCAUGGCUUCUGUCGUAUUACCCUGUUCUGCCUUCUCAGGUCUCUGCCUCUCCCUAGAAAAAGAAGGAGAAAAUGAUCAAAUUUCAGGAGAUGGUGACAUUCAAGGAUGUUGCUGUGGUUUUCACCGAGGAGGAGCUGGGGCUGCUAGACUCUGUUCAGAGAAAGCUGUACCGAGAUGUGAUGCUGGAGAACUUCAGCAACCUGCUCUUAGUAGCACAUCAGCCCUUCAAGCCAGACCUGAUAUCCCAGUUGGAGAGAGAAGAAAAGCUUUUGAUGGUAGAGACAGAAACACCAAGAGAUGGGUGUUCAGGAAGGAAGAAUCAACAAAAGAUGGAGACUAUUCAGGAAGUAAGAGUAAGCUACCUUUCCCCCAAAGAGCUUUCCUCCUGUCAGACCUGGCAACAAAGUGCAGGUGGGUUAAUCAGGUGUCAAGAUUUCCUGAAAGUUUUUCAAGGGAAGAAUUAUCAUUUGCAAGAACAAGGUGAUUCCCUCUGCAAGGUUUGGGCAGGAAUACCAGUUCAGAUUUCUGAAGAUGAGAACUAUAUAUUGACUCAUAUAGGGAAUGGCUCCAAUUAUAUAAAAAGUCAAGAGUAUCCAUCUUGGAGGACACAGCAUUCUUGGAGGAAAAUAUAUCUGAAAGAGUCACAUAAUUAUCAGGGUAGAUGUCAGCAAAUUUCCAUGAAAAAUAAUUUCUGUAAGUGUGACCACAUCAGUUGGAUCUCACAUCACAAUGAUAAACUAGAAGUACACAGAGAAGAAAACUACAGCUGCCAUGACUGUGGAGAAGAUAUCAUGAAGGUAUCAUUGCUCCAUCAGGAUUCAAUUCAAACAGGGGAGAAGCCCUAUCCAUGUACUGGGUAUAGAAAAGCCUUCAGUAAUGACUCCAGCUCUGAAGUUCAUCAGCAGUUCCAGUUGGAAGGGAAGUCCUAUACGUACAGUUCAUGUGGAAAGGGCUGUAGUUAUAGUUCACUUCUUCAUAUUCAUCAAAAUCUUCAGAGAGAAGAUGAUGUUAUUGAGAAUUCACAUCUAAAAUCCUAUCAGAGAGUGCAUCCAGAGGAGAAAUCAUGCAAAUGUGGUGAAUAUGGUGAGAACUUCAAUCACUGUUCCCCUCUUAACACUUACGAACUUAUCCACACAGGUGAGAUAUCCUGUAGGCACAACAUUUAUGAGAAAGCCUUCAGUCAUAGCUUUAACCUUAAUGGUAUUUUUAGGGUCCAAACUAGGGAUGAACCCCAUGAAUAUGAGGAAAAUGACAAUAUGUUUAAUCAGAGUUCAUGUCUUCAAGUCCAUCAAAAAAUCCACACUGAAGAGAAAUUAUACAGAGAUGUAGAGUAUGGAAAGAGUUUCAUUUGUAGUCCAAAUCUUGACAUUCAGCAUAGGGUACACAUGGAAGAGAAUCCCUAUAAUUCCGAGGAGUGUGGUAAUGGCUUCAGUCUGGCCUCACAUUUUCAAGACCUUCAGAUAGUCCACACUGAGGAACAACCAUAUAAACGCUAUGUGUGUGGUAACAGCUUCGGCCAUAAUUUGUAUUUUCAAGGUCAUCAGAAAAUUCACAUUGAAGAGAAGCCACAUAAGGAGUGUGGGAAUGGCUUCAACUGGAGCUCAAAACUUAAAGAUCAUCAGAGAGUCCACAGUGGACAGAAGCCAUACAAAUGCAGUGCAUGCGGCAAAGGUUUCAAUCAUAGAUCAGUUCUGAAUGUUCAUCAGAGAGUCCACACUGGAGAGAAACCUUAUAAAUGUGAGGAAUGUGAUAAGGGAUUCAGUCGGAGUUCAUAUCUUCAAGCCCAUCAGAGAGUCCACACUGGAGAAAAACCUUAUAAAUGUGAGGAAUGUGGGAAGGGGUUCAGUCGAAAUUCAUACCUUCAAGGCCAUCAGAGAGUUCACACUGGAGAAAAACCAUACAAGUGUGAGGAGUGUGGGAAGGGCUUCAGUCGGAGUUCACACCUUCAAGGCCAUCAGAGAGUCCACACUGGAGAAAAACCAUUCAAAUGUGAGGAGUGUGGGAAGGGGUUCAGUUGGAGUUUUAAUCUUCAAAUUCAUCAGAGGGUUCACACAGGAGAAAAACCCUAUAAAUGUGGAGAAUGUGGUAAAGGUUUCAGUAAGGCCUCAACUCUUUUGGCCCAUCAGAGAGUCCACACGGGAGAAAAGCCAUACCAAUGUGAUGAGUGUGGUAAGAAUUUUAGUCAGAGAUCGUACCUUCAAAGUCAUCAGAGUGUGCAUUCUGGAGAAAGACCAUAUAUAUGUGAGGUAUGUGGAAAGGGCUUCAGUCAAAGGGCAUAUCUUCAAGGUCAUCAGAGAGUCCACACUAGAGUGAAACCGUAUAAGUGUGAGAUAUGUGGGAAGGGCUUUAGUCAGAGUUCACGCCUCGAAGCACAUCGGAGGGUUCACACAGGAGGGAAACCAUACAAAUGUGAGGUGUGUACAAAGGGUUUCAGUGAAAGUUCACGCCUUCAAGCACACCAAAGGGUUCAUGCAGAAGGGAGACCCUAUAAAUGUGAACAGUGUGGUAAGGGUUUCAGUGGGUAUUCAAGUCUUCAAGCACAUCACAGAGUCCACACUGGGGAGAAACCAUACAAAUGUGAGGUAUGUGGAAAAGGGUUCAGUCAGAGAUCAAAUCUUCAGGCUCAUCAGAGAGUCCACACAGGAGAGAAACCAUACAAAUGUGAUGCAUGUGGUAAGGGUUUCCGUUGGAGCUCAGGUCUUCUAAUUCAUCAAAGAGUCCAUAGUAGUGAUAAAUUCUAUAAAAGCGAAGACUAUGGUAAGGACUACCCUUCAUCAGAGAAUCUACACAGAAAUGAAGAUUCUGUUUUGUUUUGAAGUCCUCAAAUGGGAGCUGAAAUUUUCCAGUCACUAGAGUUCUUUCAGUAGAAAAAGAAUUUUUUAAAAUUAAAAUGUGAUGUUUCUGCCCAAUUUCAACAUUCAUAAUGGCCAGGAGACCACACAACAGAGACAUUUAAUGAGAGGGGUUUCAUAAGGGAUUUUGUUAGAACUUUAACAUCAGUCAUUGCACAGGAGGUAAGGCUUAUAAAAUAUGAGUAUGGUCAGAAAUUUAAUAAAAGUACAGUGAAGAACAUGCCUAAAUCCAUGUUCUCUAGAAUGUAAGCUUGGUAAGAGAAGGGACUUUGUUCAUUUCUAGUCUACAAAACUAUGACAUUUCAUAGCUCAAUGUAGGUGUUUAGUACUUUUUGCUAAAUGAGUAAAAGUAUGUAAAGGUACAAUGUUUGAAUUUUUUUAAGCUUAUUUUUUAAAACUUCACUUAAAAUGUAUUUGGAGGAGGAAUCCUACAAGUAAUCUUAAUGAAAUCAUUUCAAGUAAAUAUUAUUUGAAAUGUAGAACAUUAAGCAUUAUUGUGAUCUGAAAUAACAUUAAUUUGGUUGUAACCCUAUUGGGGUUGGUUCCCAUCCUUUGUUCCAUGUUGAGCAGAGAUGUGCUGCAUUUCUUAACAUUUGUUCUCUGUACAUUAUGCCAUCCAUUGAUUUAGCUUUGUGUGUAUGUAUAUGUCCACGUGUGUGCACUUUAAAUAGCAGUACAAACUGAUAAACAAUGUUUCUGGUUAAUGUCGCAAAAAUGGAACACUGUAUUUUACCUAAUUGAUUUUCUACUCCUGCCCUGUAAAUUAAGGCAGAGUUUUACUAUAAGAUUCGCAAAGUAUCCAAAAUGGUUACUGAUGACAAAUACUUUUUAAUAAAUGUCAAAGUCACAAUA